AUGGCAAGCGGGCAAGUGUCAAAACGAGUCAAGUUCAAGAGCUCAGUGAAAGACCCUGGCACUCCUGGUCGAUUAUUUUUGACUUUGGAGAGAUUGAUGUUCAAGCCUAAUAGUCCUAAUUCAGCUACAAAGCUUAAUAUGGAGUUUAAAUUCAUUAAAAAUCAUAGGUACACUAAGGAGGGAUCAAAUAAAGCACCAAUGCUUAAUCUCACUUCGAGUCAGGGUGUGAGUUACAUAUUUGAAUUUGAAAGUUACGAUGAUCUCCAAGUUUGCAAAGAGUGUGUAGGCAAAGCCCUUUCGAAGACUGGAGAGACACCAAAGCCCGUAGACACUUCAGAAGUUCCUUCUGAACAACCUAGUACUGAAGAAUUGCUUUCGCGGAUGAACAUGCUGCGAGAAAAUAGAGCAUGGAAAGAUGAUGGGAAACGAGUUCAGAAACCAAUGCUUUUAUAUUUUCUGAAGAAGAGUAAAAAGGUUUUGGACAUAUCUGAUUUUUUCCUUUACGAGUUGCAGAAGCUUCAUAAGCGGUUUGUGAGAGAUGGCAUCUUGACAGAAGCUGAAUUUUGGGCAACUAGGAAGAAGUUGCUCGGUGCAAACUCCAGCAAAAAGUCAAAACAACGGACAGGCCUCAAAAGUGUCAUGCUUUCAGACACCAAGCCAUCAACCGACGGUCGAACAAACAAAGUUACAUUUACUUUGACGCCUGAGAUUGUUCGUGAGAUUUUUGCAGAGAAACCAGCAGUACACCAAGCAUACAUGGAGUUAGUUCCCAAAAAGAUGUCAGAAAGGGAUUUCUGGAGCAAAUAUUGUAGAGCAGAAUACCUCCAACAUGCAAAAAGUGCUAAUGCUGCAGCUGCAGCAGAAGCUGAAGCUGCUGAAGAUGAGGAGCUUGCACUUUUCCUGAAGCCUGAUAAUCUUUUGGCUAAAGAAACUAAGCGGAAGAUCAAAUGUGUUGACCCAACUCUAGACUUGGAAGCUGAUGAAGGGGAUGAUUAUACACAUCUUCCAGAUCAUGGGAUUGUCCGUGAUGGUAGCAAGGAAAUAACUGAAUCACAGCGUCAACUGCAUAUAAGGACUCUGUCGCAGGAGCUAAACAGGCAUGCCGCUGUUGUUCUUCAAGGAACACCUAUAGACGAGGAGCAAUUGAAAGACACGCAGACUGUAGCAGAGGCACUAAACCAGUCAAAACACGGACAGGAUACUUCUAAUGAAGAAGCUGAUAUGAAUGCAAACCAGGACAGAUUAAGUAGAAUUUCAAAAAUGAUGGAGAUUGAUGAUCUUCAGGCAUCAAGUGAUCUUCCUUUGGCACCACUUUCUAUCAAGGAUCCAAGGGACUACUUUGAUUCUCAACAAGCUAGUGCGCUUAAAACUUCAAGAGAUACCAGUAUUGGAACUGAUCCAGUAAAACGCAACCUGAGUGCAGGAGAAUCAUAUGCUUCUUUGAGGGACUCCAUUUCCCUCAUAAAAACCACCGGAUUGGUUGAUCCCAUAAUUACACCAGAAGUUGCAGUCAAGGUUCUUUCAGUCUUGACCCACAAUAUCUCAAGCACUAAAUAUGAUCUUGGGAAGAAUCCUGGGCUAAGUGUUUUGGACACAUUGCCAAAUACAAUUAAAGAGGAGCUACUAUAUCACUGGACAUCUCUUCAAGAGUUAUUGAGGCAUUACUGGUCAUCAUAUCCAAUCACUACUACAUAUCUUUAUACUAAGGUAAGCAGAUUAAAGGACGCAAUGUCAAAAAUUGAUUCACAGCUACAGGAGCUGAAGGAAUCUGUUCUGUCAGAUCUUCGACAUCAGGUUACCCUACUAAUUCGACCAAUGCAACAGGCUCUCGAGGCUGCUAUGCAACAUUACGAUGCAGAAAUGCAGAAGAGAUCAGCGCGUAGUGCAGAGAGAUCAAAUGGAUAUACCUAG